CAUGCGCACUAUCCUCCCGUGCUGCGCCGGAAGUGUUUCUAGAAGUGAGGAAGUGAAAUUACGUCUACCGCCAUUAACCACUGAUCCUGCUGCAGAGGCCAUCUUCUAAAAGAGAAAAUGGGUCGACAUUUUGGAGGUCUAGCCAGAAUCAGACAUGUGAUUACUUAUACCUUAUCUCCGUUUGAACAGAGAGCAUUUGCCAACUACUUCUCCAAGGGAAUUCCAAAUGUGUGGAGAAGGUUCAGUUCUCAGGUGUUAAUAGUGGCUCCACCUUUUGUGGCUGCAUAUUUUACAUACACUUGGGGAAACCGUGUGAAUCAGCAGCUGAAGCGCAAGAAUCCUGCUGACUAUGUGAAUGACGAAUAAUGUUCCAGAUAUUGAGUGUAUGCUGUUCCUAUGCGACAAUGGUUUAUCCAUAAUAGAAAUAAAAUAUUUAUUCAAAUGGA